AUUUUACGACUGAAUAGAUAAACUCAUUUUACAGUGUGUUAAAACAAUCAAAAAAUCAGGAUAGUAUUACAGAAAAUCAUUUUUAAAUUCAACAAAUAUAUAUUUCAAUUAUGGCAGCAUUUGAAGAAAUGGGUGUUUUACCAGAAAUUGGAAAAGCUGUUGAAGAAAUUGAUUGGUUAUUACCAACAGACGUUCAAGCAGAAGCUAUACCUCUGAUUUUAGGUGGUGGUGAUGUUUUAAUGGCUGCAGAAACAGGAAGUGGAAAGACUGGAGCAUUUUGUAUACCAAUCAUUCAAAUUGUUUGGGAAACUAUAAAACAGUAUACAUCAGGCCAAAACAUUACUUCUGUAAAAACCAUCAAUAUAUUAGAUACUUGGAAAUUGAAUUUAUGGGAUCGUUCAAAUUCUACAGCAAUAACGCCUGAUGGUUUAAGAUGCCAAUCUAGAGAACAAAAAGAAUGGCAUGGUUGUCGAGCUACGAAUGGAGUAAAAAAUUCUGGUAAAUUUUAUUUUGAAGCUACUGUUACUGAUGAAGGUUUAUGCCGAGUUGGUUGGUCUACUUUUCAAGCUUCACUCGAUUUAGGCACGGACAAAUUUGGAUUUGGAUUUGGAGGAACUGGAAGAAAAUCUAACAACAAACAGUUUGAUUUGUAUGGUGAAACUUUUGGACUGCACGAUACUAUUGGCUGCUGGUUAGAUUUGGAUGUGAUGAUAAUUGGUUUUAGUAAGAAUGGCACUUAUCUUGGUGAUGCAUUUCAAAUUCCACCCAGCCUGAAAAAUUCUUCCUUUUAUCCAGCAGUUGUUUUAAAAAAUGCUGAAAUGUCAUUUAACUUUGGAGACUCUAAUUUUAAAUAUGAUUUUCCUAAAGAUUUUACUGCUGUUAGUAAAGCUUCUAAAAAUAAUACCGAAAUUUCUCAGAAUAAAUUAUCAAAACAAAAUAGUAGUCAAAUAAAAAGACCAAACAACGCUCCUUUUGCUAUAAUUAUUGAACCUUCUAGAGAGCUUGCAGAACAAACAUGUAAUCAAAUUAAAAAAAUUAAAAAAUUUAUAAUAAACCCUAAUGUUAAAGAUCUAUUAGUAGUUGGUGGUAUUAGUGUUAAAGAACAAAUAUCAUCAUUGUCAUCAGGAGUAGAUAUCGUUGUUGGUACACCUGGUCGAUUAGAAGAUUUAAUAUCUGGAGGUCAUUUAUCAUUAGCAUAUUGUAGAUUUUUUAUAUUGGAUGAAGCUGAUGGUCUUUUAAAACAACGAUAUACACCAUUAAUAGAAAAUAUGCAUAGGCAAAUGCCUAAAAUUACUCAUGAUGGUAAAAGACUUCAGAUGAUAGUUUGUUCUGCUACUUUGCAUGACUUUGAAGUUAAAAAAUUAGCUUCAAAACUUAUGCAUUUUCCUACAUGGGUUGACCUUAAAGGUGAAGAUACAGUUCCAGAAACAGUACAUCAUGUAGUAGUAACAAUUGAUCCUCAAAAAGAUAUUUCAUGGACUAAUUGUAGUAAUCAUAUACCAACCGAUGGUGUACAUAACAGAGAUAAUAUAAAAGCAAUAAACACGUCAGAGGCUUUAUCACAUGGAGUGAAAAUUCUUAAAGGAACAUAUUGUAUUAAAGCCAUUAAUAAAUACAAAAUGGAUAAGGCUAUAAUAUUUUGUCGCACUAAACUUGAUUGUGAUAAUUUAGAAAAGUAUUUUAAUCAAUUAGGUUCGUGUUAUUCAUGUUGUACUCUUCAUGGAUCAAAAAAUGUAAAUGACCGUAAAGCUAACUUAGAUAGAUUUAAAAGUGGUGAUAUAAAAUUUUUAAUUUGUACUGAUGUUGCUGCUCGUGGUAUUGAUGUUAAUCAUCUACCAUUUAUGAUUAACAUGACAUUGCCUGAUGAAAAAACUAAUUAUGUUCAUAGAAUUGGUCGUGUUGGAAGAGCAGAACGUAUGGGACUAGCUAUAUCAUUUGUAUCAUCAGUACCAGAAAAAGUAUGGUAUCAUGGAGAAUGGUGUCCUUCGAGAGGGCAGCGAUGUUCAAAUACAAAUCUCACAAGUAACAAAGGUUGUUGUAUUUGGUAUUCAGAACACCAGUAUUUAGCUGAUAUAGAAGAUCAUUUGAAUAUUACAAUUCAACAAGUUGGGCCAGAUAUAGAUAUUCCUAUAAAUGAGUUUGAUGGAAAAGUUGUUUAUGGCCAAAAAAAAUCUAAUAAUGAAACUUUAUAUAAAAACCAUUAUGAUCAAUUAUUGUCUACCAUUUGUCAUUUGACACAGCUAGAAAACAAAGCACAACUUAUGUAUUUGCAACAUUUUUUAAAUACAUAAAACUAUGAUAUUAUAAAAAUGUUUAAUAUAAAAAUAAUAAGUAAUUUUUAA